AUGAGGUCUGCCGGCCUAGUGCUGCUCCUCGCCGCUCGACGUACCAUAGCCCAGAGCGGCAGCAGUAUCCUCGAAUUUGUCGACCCUCUGAUCGGUACUGCCAAUGGAGGUCAUGUCUUUGCAGGAGCCACCUUGCCUUUUGGUAUGGCAAAGGCUGUGGCCGACUCAGUGACUGAUGGUCAAGGAGGUUAUGCAACGAAAGGCGGCAAGAUCAAGGGUUUCAGUCAUAUGCAUGACAGUGGCACCGGCGGAUCCCCAUCACUCGGCAACUUCCCAAUCUUCCCUCAAUCUGGCUGUCCGGAUGACACAUUGGACAGCUGCGCAUUUCCAGAAACACUCCGCCAGGAAUAUGUCUACAACAGCACCGUGGCGGCAUCGCCGGGAUACUUCAGCGUCAAGAUGGUGUCUGACAUUAAGGCCGAGAUGACUGUGACGAGCCAUACCGCUCUCUAUCGCUUCACGUUCCCUAACAGUCCGGUUGAGCGUAAUGCUACUUUGAGACCGUUGAUCCUGGCCGAUCUGAACGACUUGCCACUUUCUAGGAGUAGGGGAGCAGUGUCGGUAGACGAGGAAACAGGUCGUAUUGCCGGCAAUGGAACAUUCAACCCAUCCUUUGGCAUUGGCUCGUAUGAGCUGCACUUCUGCGCGGACUUCUCGGGAGCGGACAUCUGUGAUACAGGCGUCUUCAUGAACAACCGUGCUGGAAGUCAGCCGAAACACCUCAGGACCACGGCGGACGGCAUCAACAUCUCGCCAGAGAUACUACCUGCUGGCGCAUGGACUCAAUUCGAGAUACCCAACAACGACAAUCAAAUCCUGGUCAGAGUUGGGCUCAGCUUCAUCAGCGUAGAUCAAGCGUGCUCGAAUGCAGAGAGCGAGAUACCAGAUUACGACUUCGAAGGCGUCCGCGAAGCAGCAGUGCAAGCUUGGACAGACACCUUGAGCCCGAUCGAAAUCAAGCCUGGUGAUGGAGUUGACCGGAAGUUCCAGAAGAUCUUUUGGAGCGGAGUGUAUCGUGCCGCUAUCUCGCCUCAAGACUACACUGGCGAGAACCCACUCUGGGACUCUGAUGAGCCUUACUACGACAGCUACUACUGCAUUUGGGAUUCGUUCCGGAGUAUCCACACCAUGAUCACGAUCCUCGAUCCGCUCUCUCAAAUCAACAUGAUGAGAAGUCUAGUCGAGAUCUGGAGGCAGGAGGGAUGGCUUCCCGACUGCAGGAUGAGCCUUUGCAAAGGGUUCACUCAAGGCGGAUCGAAUGCCGAUGUCAUUUUGGCUGACCUCUUCGUGAAGAUGCGAGAACUAUCUACAGAACACGGCCUCGACUGGGAGGAUGUUUAUGAAGCUGUCUGGACCGACGCUGAGAAGGAGCCACUGGACUGGGCCGUACAAGGUCGCGGUGGUCUUCACAGCUGGAAGAACCUGCAUUACGUUCCUACCGAUGAUUAUGACCCUUACGGCGUUGGACCGUUUACGAGAAGCAUCAGCCGGACAGUCGAGUAUGCGUAUGAUGACUUCUGCAUCGCUGAGAUGGCACAUGCUCUUGGGAAGUCUUCCGAUGCACAGAAAUACAGCGAGCGGUCUGGCUACUGGAUGAAUAUGUUCAAGCCUGACCAGAAGUCUCGCAACUUUACCGGCUUUUUACAACCUAAGUUCCUGAACCAGACCUGGGGCUACCAGAAUCCAAUCUUCUGCAGCCCGUUGCUCGAAUUCGACUCCUGCUACCUCAACCCAGACGGCCACGAGACGUAUGAAGGCUCCUCUUGGCUCUAUACCUUCUACGUCCCGCACGACAUGGCUACACUGAUCACGACGCUCGGCGGCAACACCGCUUUCGUCAACCGCCUCGACUACUUUCACACCUCCGGUCUCCUCUACAUCGGCGACGAGCAAGGUUUCCUCCCCGUCUACCUAUACCACUAUGCCGGCCGACCAGGCAAGAGCGCCGAACGCAUCCACUACUACGUGCCAGACCAAUUCAACACCUCUUCCAACGGCAUCCCGGGCAACGACGACAGCGGCGCAAUGGGCUCCUUCGUAGCGCUGUCGAUGAUGGGCACCUUCCCAAACCCCGGGCAGGACGUCUACUUCAUCACUCCGCCUUUCUUUGAAGAAGUGAGCGUGACGAAUAAGCUCACGGGCAAGAAGGCGACGAUUCGGAAUGUGAAUUUCGAUACGAGUUAUAAGAAUAUCUAUAUUCAGAAGGCUACGAUGAAUGGGGAGCCCUACACGAAGAACUGGUUUAGUCAUAGUUUCUUCUCGGAGGGAGGGGUGUUGGAGUUGACGUUGGGUCCGAAGGAGAGUGAUUGGGGGACGAGGCCGGAGGAUGUGCCGCCGAGUUUGUCGAGGGGGCAUGAGUUGACUGGAUACUCGAUCUGGACGUGA